CGCUAAUGGCCCGGACGAUGCUGAAGAACAAAGACAACGCCUUGAUACAUGGCCACACCAAGCAGAAUCUUGAUGUCAAGCAUAUACGAUGAGAACGAUCCAGACAGGUGCCAGCUACUAAGUGUCUUUCUUGUGCUGAAUUAUGUUGGCAUCAAUCUGGCGUCCCUCAACUCAUGCCUCACCCCCGUGGCCUUGUUCGUAGUCAGCGAAAGAUUUCAAACCUGUUUUAAGGCGUGCCUUUGUAGCUGGCGUCAGCCUCUGGACGAAGUUCUUCGUGACGACACGCGGAAAAGUCUGAGGGAUCGAACCGGCGAGUAGAGCGGCUGAUUGCCUGGCCGAGAAGACGCCUCGCUGUGCCAACAACUCGCACAAGACACUGCAAGCGGGCAUCGCGUGUACUCUCGCAUUCCUCUCAGUAUACGGAAGCUAUUCAAGGCAUUUAUGAGGGCUGCGUUGCAAAUUUAUGGAUGACAGCUACAACUACAACUGUCUGGGCUAUCUUGAUACCAUCAGAUACCAUCUAAA